AUGCCUGGUAUCCUCAAGUACAUACAGCUUCCAGUGCGGCGCUCGGGUCUUUUGGGGGACAGCCUCUCACUGCCCGAGUACGAUAGCAUCUCGGUGUACGUCUACAAGUCGGAGAAGCACUACACUGCGGCAGCUGCUUCCAGUGCUGGAGCAGCGUUGUUCGCGGACACUGAGACCUUCAUGGACCCCAAUGUGAUGGCAGUGAUGCCCGUCGCUUAUCAGAAGGAGUUUUUCCAAGGCCUGGGUGUGCAGUUUGAAUGGGCUGUCGAUGGGUUAUAG